CAGGAUGCUUCAAUGCAGCCAUGGCGGUCUUCCGGUCCCUGAAAGCCCUAAUCCAAAACCCUAAGAAAUCAUCCAGAACUUUCCUCACCGCCACCGCUUCCUCCUCCUCCAUCUCCGCCCCUCUUCACUACUCUCCUCUAUCCUACCCUCUCUCUUACCCCCUCUUCCGAUUGCCGUCUCAGAUUUCCAGGACCUUCCUCUCUCCGCUCUCCAAUUGGAUCGUUCCUUUUCACGGACCGCUCUUCCUCUCCCGCCCUCCAUGGAAGCUCUCGCAGUCCUCCACUCCGCUCUACCUCGGCGGAAACGGCGUCGUCCUCAGAAAGAUCGAAGCUUCAUUGCACUCGAACCUGCUAAGGAGGAGACCGAGCUUCUCGCUCCCAUUGGAGGUUGGGUCACUCUCGCCGGCUCCGACGGUGGUGGAUCGCGGUGUCGGGUUGAAAGAUGUCAGUGACGAUUUCGUCAAUUUGCCCAAUAUGAUCUCCAUGAGUCGGUUGAUUUCGGGUCCUUUGCUUGGAUGGAUGAUCACAAAUGAAUGGUACUCUUCUGCAAUGGUGGGAUUGGCAGUCUCUGGGGCAAGUGACUGGCUGGAUGGAUACAUGGCUAGGAGGAUGAAGAUCAACUCUGUUGUUGGGUCCUAUCUGGAUCCCCUUGCUGAUAAGGUUCUUAUAGGAUGCGUUGCUUUGGCCUUGGUGCAUAAGGGUCUUCUUCACCCCGGGCUGGUUGGACUCAUUGUGUUCCGGGAUGUUGGUCUUGUUGGUGGUGCAGUUUAUCAAAGGGCUAGUAGCUUGGGGUGGAAGUGGAAUAGUUGGUCCGACUUUUUCAACCUUGAUGGAACCCGUCCCGAGAAGGUCGAACCACUCUUUAUUAGUAAGCUUAACACGGUCUUCCAGUUGAUUUUAGUAGCGGCAGUUCUCCUUCAACCAGAGUUUGGAACGCAAGAAACUCAGUCAUACAUUACAUACUUGAGUUGGUUAGUUGCAUCAACAACAGUGGCUUCCACAGCAGCGUACGGGGCACAACACUUGGGGAGAUCUGCAUUGACCGCUCGGAAAUCCUAAUUUAAGUAACGCUGUAACUCUUUCAGCCUGCAACAUCAUGGAGUUCCAAUGCGCAGCAUAAAUAAGAAUUUUUGACAAACAAGCUACUCGUUUUUCACACUUGGGAAACCGAUCACGCCCGCAGUUUUUUGUGAGCUACAGACGCGGAUUGCGUAAAAGAAAAUUGCAACGGGAUGUCAACUCGGUGAAGAUGUGAACAGUAGAAAUGAGAGAUCCCUUACCUUUGUAUAGCCCUAGAGAAAUUUUGGAAAAGAGAAAUGUAACAGAUAUACUGAUGUCGGGUUAAAGUUCUUGACGUCCAAACUUCGUAGCUUUUCGAAACCUUUUCGGGUUCAGAACACUGCUUGCCAUGCCGGAACUCGUAACGGUAUAAAUGAGAAAUUACCCUUCCAGUA